AAUACUGAAGGUGUGUUUUUUCUUCAUUUACCAGUCGGAUGGUAACCGUUGGGUGUAUUUCUUUUGGCCUUAUUGGUCGGCGUCUGAACAUCGUCGAUCGGAAGUAUAUAAAGCCCGAUACGGUUAUCACAGAGACAUUGCAGUCCUUUUGAAAGAAGUCAGCUUUAAGUAUUCUAGUGAAUGUCGCUGCGUGAGGAAAAUUAAAAGUGAAUGCAUCCGUGUUUGUGAUGCUAAUGUUAUCCAGUGUAGACACGUGAAAUGUAAAUGGCUAGUAGAUGUUCAAUACAAAUGUUUAACUGCUUGGUAUUUAAUACGGAUGUGGUGGACGAUGUAGCUGCAUGUAGGAUAGUAUUAGUCACGAAAUCAGUGAGUGUAUUACUUUUAAGAAAUGGAUUGAAAUUAAUGUGCAUUUUAUGUAAAUUAAAAUAUAAAAAAAAACAUGACUUAACAUACCGGAUUUCUUAUUAACACCGUGCAGCAACCAAGGAUUGAUUUACAAGGAAUCUGUAAUUUGUGACGUAUACUUUAAUUUUGGAUUGUACGUGUAUUAUAAAACAAAUCGCCAUGACUUAAAACCCCAUAACUAAUUUGACUGAACGCGCGAUGAAAAUGUUUACUUAUAGAUUAUCACGGGCUGUCUUCUGAAUUAAGAAAUAUUCCUCACAGCAAGAAUGCGUUCAAUCGAAUUUGUUUGAACAUUGGUUGAACAAUUAUAAAAAGCGUAUGGCAAUCGGAAAUACGUUGUCCGUCAGUGUGGGUUUCCUCCCGGAGGGUCGGAAUGACGUUCCUCCGCCCACAAACAUGGCCUGUAUGCCGGACAUCUUCAACAAGUUGGACGCCGAUACAAUCGAGAAGACGCGAGUACUCAACUCGCAACUGGAAAUGCGCCUGAGGGUCCAGGAAAGGGUGCUGAGCAAGCACCGGUGCGCUGUCGAGCAGAGAUACGUCAGAGAGAGGGACCGGCUGCGAGUGGAUCUUACAAACAUAGCGCGGCGUCUGCCGAAUUAUUCGUCAUUGUCGCAGCUUGAGAAUAAAGUUAAGAGCAUCAUAAAUAAACGGAAUCUAGGUUUCAAGAAGCACGAUUGUGUUUUCACAACGGAGCCCCUGGACAUGGGUGGAUUAGCGGAUGAGAAGACUGAUAAGCCUUUCUGUGAUAGGUUUCUUACGCAUCAUUUACCGACUAAAUCCAAGUUUUACAAGGACGCACUGCCUUCCGUUAAGAAAGGCUACGACGGAGCAACGCGUCAGGGGCCGGCGUUACGUUCGCACAGAAAGGAAUCGUUACGUCAGGGGAACGUUAUUUUAAAAGCUCUAUACGAUUUUGACGUCAAGUUACGUCGGAGGAACGUUAUGUUAAAGUCUUUGGACGAUUCUUACGUCAAGUUAAAAUUACACGUGAAUAAUGAAGAUGACGACACGAAAACUGUUUGAUAGUGGUGGUUUUAUUUUUUAUUUUGCUGUUUGUGUUUUUGUAUUUGUUUUAUUUACAGCAAACCGUUUUCUACAUUUCAUCUUCUGUAACUUAUUCUUCGUUGUAAGCUGUCAACAUAAAAUUAACAGUAUUUUUAUAAAGUUUAGAAUCGAAUUAAAUUCGCUAAAACCUUUUUCAAAGCACCAACUGUUUUGUUUCAGCGCGCAAUUUAUGCAGAAAUGUGUACGAAAGUGUGAUUUUAAUCUGUCUUAAUUUGAUCAAAUACGUGUUUUAGUUCUAUAGCAUAGUUAACGUUGUAUGAAAUAAACAUUUAAGGGGCUUGCUUGAUUUGAAAUCGUGUAUUCAAGACUUUGUCCGUUUAAAAUUGGUAUCCCGCAAACACUCUGCACACACCGUAGAGCAUUGACAUUUAAUAAAUUGACUUCGCGGUCUAAUUCGCACACGAUAAAAUACAAAUUCAAUUAAAGUGGUUGUUUUUGUUAUAAAUCAUCACCGAAAUAAAUUGUGUUUCGAGUUAUCGCUUGGGACAGAUAUACGAUGCAAUUAUCAAUAUUGACUUGUGUGUUUUAUACAAUUAUGAAUUAUCCAUGAUCCUGUUUGCGGACGGAUGAAUUCCAUCAGCAUGAAAACGAAUUGAAUCGAUAAAACGCUGCUUUUCAAACCUAAGGGACUUCGCAGUUGAAUUUUAAUCAGGGAAUCAUCAAUCUGAAACAACAAACGGCUUUGGAAAAUAACUAGGAUAAUACGUCAAGAAAAUGGAUAUCCAAAAUGUACACACAUUGGAUCAGAGGUCAUAUACACGAUGCUUUUAUAUAUUGAAUAUGGGUCUUGCUCUGUAAUAAAGAGGAUUUAAUGCAUGUGCGUAAAGUGCCGUCCCAGAUUAGCCUGUGUUGUCCACACAGGCUAAUCAGCGACUACACUUUCCGUUUUCAUGAUAUUGUUUCGUUUAAAGAAAUGGCGUCGAUGUAAAAAAAAGAAGCAUAUAAAAAGGAUAUUUGAAUAUCUAAAAAUGCUUAGAGCUUGUGCAUGAUGGAUCCUCAAGACUGUUGCAGACGAUCACACGCGAAUGCAUUCCAGAAUGCAGAAACCGCCCCAUUGAAGCAAAGCGUUUUAAUAUCAUAGCGUAUAUUUGUACGAAUACAUUAAAUAAAACACAAAUAUUUACAUAGCACUUUUAUAGCUUCAAAAAGUUUAAAGACAUAUGAUAAAACAAUUAUGAUUCCAAAACAAUGCACUCAACAUUUGAAAAAAACGUGAAGAACGUUAAUAGAAUCUACGAAGAAGAUUGUAAAUUAUUUCUGAUGUGUAUGAUCAUAAACGUUUUUAAAUGACGUUAUAAGCAUUGCGUGCUUUAAAAAUUAAAAUUAACCCAAAAUCUGUUGGGAUGUCGUAACAGAUCAGAUAAGGAGUACUGAUCUCUGAUUUGAAAUAAACGAUAAAUUCGCC